AUGCGCCUGCUUUGCCAUGAGAGCCAACACACGGCGGAUGUGGGAACGUGCAACCUCGCGUCGCUGAAGUCGUUAAAGGCGUGGCGGUCUCAGCCUCUGGGCCUCUUCGAGUCUGAAGUCCCUCGGGUUCGGCAGAGGCUUCCCUCCGCACGGUUCCUCUGCGGCCCAGAGGACGGAGGCCGCGGCUGCAAAGCCACGUCAUUCAUCUCCUCCAGCCGGGCCCUCCGUCUGGGAGAAGAAGCCCAUGUACACCGUGCCGGCGCCCGCGGGCAUCGGGCGUCAUUCAAGGAAAAAACAUUGGAGGCAGUCGUGCAAGACAAAGACAAAGAGGCUGAAGAGGAAGAGAUCGAAGAGGAGGCCGCUGCGAAGCAGGCUCCCGACCCAGAUAAGGUCAAUCCGGAGUGUACCCAAGCCAGGAAGACCGGGCGCCCCCGAUGCUGUUUGUGCAUCAACGGCGAGGCAAUCUGGUCGCAGGAUGGCAGUUGCAAGCACUGCGUCGACAGCGGCAAGGGCAUCCGAGACUGCUCUGAGGUGGACGAAGGCUGCCGCCCGGGCUCAGUAAGUUGGCCCCUGAAGUACAAGGAGGAGGAGGCCGAGUUGGGGGUUUAG